CACCUCCAAAUGUUGCAGCGACUUUAAACAUUAUCGCUCGCAAGAUUAAUGUAUAACAAUACAUCAGCUCAGAUGUUCAUGGUUCAAUUCCGUCCGACCCAUGGACACGCCGCAUGUGUAUUUUAACCCCCAUGGAUACUGCUCGUGAGCGGGUUCGUUCGUUCGUUUGUUUGUUUGUACCCUGCCAAGGGUUGCUUUUGUGCGCGUAAUUGCCUGGGAUAUGCUAUACUUCCUAAUCUCGCAAACGUGACAUUAUCGUUCAAAGAAGAUGGACUUUUGCCUCUGGCGUCAUCACAGAUGCUUUCCCUGCACAGUGGAAUAGUUACAGGUGAGGUCUCAAGAUGUGAUAAGCGUGGUGUGAUAAUUUAAUCUUUUGGAUAAACCCAAUCCUGCUGGGGGUGUGUGAAAGGUUGGACUAUAAAUGUGGAGGGUCAAUCGAAGACGGGUAUGAUUUUUGGUCCACAGCUUCAUCACUCUCAUCAUGCAGUGGUACACCGUCAGCUGUUUCCUUGUGGUGGCAUUAAUUGCCAAUGGUUUCGCCAUUGACCAGCGUAACUGGCAGCUGGCUCCCGAUGGCAAUGGUAGGCUGCAUCUGAUCAACACCAAUCCUUACGAUCUUCCCGAAUCGGACCACAAUGUUGCGCCACGCUUCGUACCCCAGCAGGACAUCAUUUUCCGGCUGUUUACCCGUGCGAAUCCAACGCAGCCACAAAUUCUGCAACUUAACAACCCCGGUUCCCUGACCGGUUCGAACUUCAAUCCGUCCCAUCCGACGCGCUUCACCAUUCACGGCUGGAAUAAUGAUGGAUCGCACUUUAUGAAUGUCGGCAUCCGGGACGCAUACUUCCAGGUGGGUGACUUUAACGUGAUCACCGUCGAUUGGGGUGUGGGUGCGAUCAACCCGAACUACAUAACGGCGCGCAACUACGUGGGACCGGUCGGAAAUAUGGUUUCGCAGCUGAUCGACCAGCUAAUCGCGAGUGCCGGAGCGAACCCGGACAAUAUCUACAUCAUCGGGUACAGUUUGGGUGCUCACGCAGCCGGUAGCGCCGGAAAGGCACAGAACGGACGUAUCAACUCGAUUAUUGCACUGGACCCUGCCGGGCCGCUGUUUGCCUUCGGGCAGAACGAUGCCGUCUCUCCCGCGGAUGGACGGUACGUUGAAACGAUUAUGACAAACGCCGGCUUGCUUGGCAUCAAUACGCCGCUUGGACAGGCCAACUUUUACCCCAACGGUGGACGCACGCAACCAGGCUGUGGGGCAGACAUUGGUGGCAGCUGUGCACAUGAUCGGGCACCAAUGUUUUUUGCCGAAUCGAUCACCACUAGCACACCGUUCCGUGCGAUGCGCUGCGUAGACCAUGGACAAAUUUUGGGCGGUAGCUGCACUUCCUCCGGACCGGACGCCAACAUGGGUGGCCAGCCGUCGAACUUUGGUCGUGUCGUGCAGGGUGUCUACUAUCUGCAAACCAACGCUGCAUCGCCGUUCGCUCGCGGCUAAUUUCACAGUUAAAAAGUGUGCCCGAUGUUUUUGUCUCUCGUACAUAAAUGCUACUCCACUACCCAUAUUGGGUACUUUUUGCUUUAAUUUACCUAGCGUAUAUUGGUUUAUUUGAAUUCGUAUAAACAUGAAUAAUGGCUGUGUGGAACACAUGAACAAUGAACCUGUUUUGGGCAGCUAGGCAGCUUGCGGUAUUCGCCUUCACUCCGCACCCUUAAACUGGCAAGGAUGCUUCAUUUCAACCGUUAUUGCACUGUACUUCUUUUCUGGUUUUACCGCUCAACAAUCGUCACAAGCCGAAAAUGAAUAAACGUUUUGCGCAUCGUGUGCGCCACACUACCUUUUAUAAAGAAGCUGUAUAUAGAUAAAAAAAUAAUACAAAAGCUAACAAAAUGCAGCAAAACGUGCGUUUAAAACGAAACGAACUCACUCAUCAAAAUCACACGGAAUACUCGCCCGACCUAAUACUAUGGCAUUGUAAAUACUUGGUAUCUUUGGAAAGCAAAUCACAUAUGGUGUAACAUAAAUGUAAGCAAUAUAAAUCGUAUAAAAGGCUUUCAUAUAGACAUUUGUUUUUGACUAAGGGAAUGUUGCAGGUAAUACGAAUGCAAGGAAAUGCAUUCCAUAAAUUCACGUAAAUAACUACAAAAUAAAUGAUAGCUACAAAAACUAACAAAAAA